UACAUACUUGAAGUCAUGGGUUCUUCAGUUCCUGGAUACUUUGAGGACACAGAUGAAUUCAUAGGCGCCUUUCUUGGUUUCAACAAAUUAUCUGGGCUAUCAAUGAAGAAAAUGGAUAAAUUUGGAAAGCAUGGCAGAUAUGGAUUUGUUAGAACUCGACUUCCUAGACCCCAAAUCAUCUUGCAACCAGUCCUAUCUUCUGGACACACAGAAGUUUGCAGCACUAGAAAUUGCCCUUGCAAGAUGAAUCACUUUUCCCGGAAGAGCUCCUCAGAAAUUCCACAAUUGGAAUACAGGCGGUCCCAGACAGACUCAUCAAAUAAUCUAGCAAUGGAUACCUUUUGGCUAGAAGUAGAGAGCAUCAAAGAAAGCACUGAAUCCGAGUCUGAUGAGGGUAGCCUUACAGAAGCGAAGCUUCUAGAAGAGGGGGAAGCCGAAGCCGAAUGGCUGCAGGAUGCCGGACUCUCUGACCUAAUGAAGGACCAUGAAGAGAAUAGCAAUAUUGUCCUGCUGUCCACUUUGACCAAGACUCAGGCCGCAGCUGUGCAGCGAAGGUUGGAUACUUAUACCCGCUCCCGGCGGAAGAAAAAUAAGCAGCCUAUCCGUGAUGUCAGAGACAUUUUUGGAGUAGUUGAGUCUGAGGAGACUGAACCAGUGAUGGAGGCUGAAACGGAUCGACCUCACCGCAGGUCUGCAUCAUCUAACAACCUUCAGAAAUAUUCAGUGGGAAUCCCAGACUUUCAGUCUCCACUGAGAGAUUCUGUGAGAGAAGAAUUAUUCAGCACUGAAGUUGCCUAUUCAGAGCAGGCCGCAAUCCUGUUCAAAGGAUCAUUCCCAAGGGAAACCAGGAGACUAAAGGAAGAGAGCUGUUUGUCUAAGUUUAAGAUCCCCAAGGGGAGGCUAGGAGUAACCAGGACAGAAGAUCUGUCCCCGCAGGACAUGAAGAAAAUUCCUACCCUAGCACUUAUUGAACUAACUGCACUCUGUGAUAUUGUUGGCUUCGAGCUGAAGAGGAACAAGGCAGUUAAACGAAAGUCAUCUGACCACAAACUUUUUGGAGUUCCACUUGGCACUUUGCUGGAAAAUGAUCAGAAGCUUCUUUCAAACACCCGGGUUCCACUGAUUUUACAAGCGUUGCUUUCAUGUUUGGAAAAGAAAGGGCUGGAUACAGAAGGAAUCCUGAGAGUUUCAGGGUCACAGUCUCGCAUUAAGUGUUUGGAACAAAAACUGGAAAAUGAGUUCUACACUGGCUUCUUCCGGUGGGAUGAGGUGCAUCAAAAUGACGUCUCUGGUCUUCUGAAGAGAUUUAUUCGAGAGUUACCCACACCUCUUCUGACAGCAGAAUAUUUGCCUGCCUUUGCAGCUGUGCAGAAUAUCCCGGAUUUGAAACACAGGCUGCAGGCUCUCAAUCUGCUCAUACUGAUUUUACCAGAACCUAACCGGAACACCCUGAAGGCGCUGCUGGAAUUCCUCAGGCUGGUAGUUACCAAAGAAAGAAAAAACAAGAUGAGCCUUUGGAAUGUUUCCACUGUGAUUGCUCCAAACCUCUUCAUGCACAAGAGUUUGCCAAACAAGAUCCCAGAAGGAAAAGAGAAGCAGCUGGCAGAAGGAGCAGCCGAUAUUGUUCGAAUGAUGAUCCAUUAUCAAGCUUUGCUCUGGACUGUUCCUUCUUUCUUGGUAACUCAAAUAAGAAAACUGAAUGAGAAUAGCAGCUGGAAGUAUCAGUUCUAUGACAGGAGGAUCAAGAAUCUGUUAAGAAAGAUUCAUGCAGACAAGGAAAAGACAGAAAAGAACAAUGUUGAACCUUGCAAAAUAGUCAAAAUCCAGGCUUCCUUGUUCUUAAAAGAUUCACUGGAAGUUCAUUUAACUCAUGGAACAAAAGUAGCUGAUGUUCUGAGACAGUUCCAGAAGAACCUUGGUCAGAAUGGCUGGAAUAUUGUCAGCACAGUCAAUAUAAUCAAAUGUAAUGGUUCAGUGGAUUCAAUGAACUUCCUACUAUAUGAAGUUGGCGGCAACAUAAAUGAACAUUGCCUGGAUCCAGAUACAUAUCUUUUAGACCUGCACCAUGUGAACCCUCAUGCAGAAUGGAUUAUAAGGCAAACCCCAUCUUUCCCAAGAACACCUUAGGGAGACUGCUUAGUAAAACAAGAACAAGAACAACGGAACCAAGAACUUGUAUUAAGUUGUUAAGGUGGAACGGAACCAAGCACCAUAUGUUCAUGAAGAUAACAGAUAAAUGGAGCAAUAGCUCCAAAAUUGGAAAAUUAGCAAUUCCCUUUGAAUGGUCUUUUGACUGUGUUGUAUGAUAAAGAUGGCUUAUAUCAAAGGAAAGCUGGUAGGAGAAAAGCAUGGAUGGAAAGCAUUUGGAAAAACUCAUGCAGAUAAUUGAUUUUAAGGUUUGUUCACAUAGUGGCAUAUCUCAAUAUGCAAUCGCUGGUUAUCAAUGUUGACUUUUAUAAAGUGAAACUGAAUAUUUGAAUUAAGGCUUCUUGUACAACCAUAUACUUUUUUUAAAAAAAUAUUCCUGUUGCUUUAUUUCUGGAGAGCUUAAUUGAUAACCAGCUGCCUAGAAUAUAGGAUUGAAUAUUGAUUAUUAUAGUGAGAGUUCUACCUAAAGAAUGAUUCUGUCCAAGGAUGGGAUGAUCAUACUAUGCACAAGUAAUUAUUGCAAGUAAAGAAUGUCUUCGAUAAUGACUUUGAACAUUGCAGUUAUACAUAGAUGUUGUGUUUGUAUAAGUUCAAUUUUACAAUGACAUUUUAUUUUUUAAAAGAGUAUGUUCUAAGAACAUCUUCCUACUAGGUUACAAUAAACCAUCUCAGUAUUAUUGUUUAUAUAAAAUUUUAUCAUAGUCAAAUUGGAUUUCAUAUGUCUGUUUGUAAUGUAUUUUCUUCUGCAAAGACCCCGAAUUAGAUAUUUCUUACAAUGACUUUUUUCCAAGGCAGUUCAUAAGUAUCUGAGCCAUAUGAUAAUUUAAUAUUGAUGCCUUUCUGUUUCUUUGAUAUACUUAUUUUUUUUAAAAAAAUCACUUAUGGACGUGUUUAGGAAAAACCUAUUGCAUUUUUUCAGGUUGUUCUCAAGAAAGCCAUGAUACGUCACUUGGACAUAAACGUCCAUCUGAUACCAACUUUUUCAAACCAUAUUCCAAAGCAAACCCUUGUAUUAAUAACAACAUUCUUUUUAUUUUGUAACUUUUGGAAAAUUCAUUUUGAAGAUUUAUUUUUAAUGCAUUGACUUGUAGCUUGGUUCACCUUGGAAUUUUUUUGAAUGAUAGAAUUGCAGAAGUGUGUGGAAAUGAUGCUGUUAAAAAGUGGCAAUUUCAUGUAACUGCUCUGCUUUCUUAAUGUUUAAACAUCCUGAAACAUGGUACCUUUAAAUGUAUUGGACCUCAGCUUCCCAUAGAUUGUCUUGGAAUUGAAGUCCAAAAUAUACAUGGAAGGAAUUAAGUUGUUAUGAUUACUUCCAUUUAUCAUUGCAGCUUCCUUAUUCUAGAUGUGUUGGACCUCACCUUCCCAUAGACUUGACUUAGGAAUUGAAAUCCAAAAUAUACAUGGAAGGAAUUAAGUUGUUAUGAUUACUUCCAUUUAUCACUACAGUUUCCUCCUCCUAGAUCAGGGGUGUCAAACUCACGUCAUGGUGGCAUCACAUGACAUAUCGGGACUUAUGUUCCCUUUGCUAAAGCGUGCAUGGGCUUGGCCAGCCCAUGAUAGCCUUGUUCUAGAUAGUGAUAGUUCUUCCCUUUUCCCAAGAGCAUUCUCAUAGAUACAUUGGACAGAUCAGGUAAACUUGAGCAUAUCAAAGUCUAACUCCGGCUAACUGUCAAUUAAGUCCCUUGAAUAUAGAUACAAAUUAUUUUGGAUACAUCAGAUGAAAUAGAUUCAUGCCAAUACAACAAAUGACGCAGCUUGUAGAGCAUGCAGGUAGUCAAAUGGAAAAAAGCUUUUGAUCCAUCAUGAGAAACUCUGUGUGAAAUACCAAAAGUGAAUAGUAGUGGAUAAAAGGUGUUUACUUUGAUAUUUAUAAAAAUCUCAGUGCUAUAACAAUGAGGCCAUACUUUUUAAAACAUAUAUUUCUGAAAUAGAUUCCUGACAUAAUAAUGAUGCUAUGAGUGUUCUUGAGGACACACCUGUAAUAUGUAAGGAAAAACACCAGCCUUAAUUCUGUCCUUAACUUGAUUUUUUUAAAGAACAUUUUGGUAUGUUUUGUGAUAGUAGUUAAAGCAGUGAAGCAUAAACCAUGCAUGUUUUAAUAAUGGUUUUUAUUAAUGUUUAUAACAGUUAUACAAUAAAUAACUAGACAUAUUUCCAAAA